UCGGUUCACUCGGUUCUAAGAAAGAUAUUCUUUAUGACUUAGGUUCUGAAUACCGCGAAUAACAUUAAAAUUAAGCAUCUAUAACAAUACAUAAAUGAAUGUUUUGUUUGAAGAUACUUUAAAUUUAUUUUUUAAAUGCGACGCAACGUUUGCUUUUAUUUCACUAACUAUUGCAAUAACAUUAUAUAAAGUUUUUUCAAAAUUCAAAUCUUUCAAAGCAUCAAAAAAAGAGAACUUGAUAUGUUUAAAUGAAGUUGUAAAAUUCCCUUUUUCAGUCUACGAUGAAAAUACCAAAAUAGUUACAACAAAUGAAUCCGAAGAUAUCCCGAGUUUAAUCAAAACUGUUUUUCAAAAUGUUAUUAUAUAUGUCUUAAACAAAGCAGAAGAUUGUAAUGCCGUUUUAGAAUGUUUUCAAGAAAACUUGCAUUUUGUUGGACUUGAUUGUGAAUGGGUUUCAAAUGAAAAAAGCCAUGUGGCUCUUAUACAAUUAUCUUUAGGAACAACUUGUCUUAUUUAUAGAAUCCCACAGUUGUCAAUUAACGAAGAGUUUCCUUUUCAAUUAAAGAAGCUGCUUGAAAACCCCAAAAUUUUAAAAUUUGGUGUAGCUAUUUAUGAAGAUGUCCGAAGACUGCAUUCCCACGGUGUUGCAGUAAGAGGUUUUGUUGAUUUAAGGAUUUUAGCUCAAAGAUGUUUACCAUUUAUCACAACAAAAAAUUCUGAAGAUGAAAAUAAAUAUAAAGGAAUGGGGUUGCAAUCAUUGUCAUAUAAAUUAUUAAAUAUGAAUCUUGACAAAUCUCGAAAUAUACAGUGCAGUAACUGGCAUGCAACAGACCUUUCAAAGGAACAAAUUCUUUAUGCAGCAAAAGAUGCAAUAGCAUCACUUGAAGUAUUUUAUGCUCUGGUUAUUUCACGAAAAUAUCACCAAGUCAAUUUUGAUUCUAACAGUUUAUUUUUUAUCUCGAUAUUAAAAUCAAAUAUUUAUAUAAAGGGAGAUGUAUACAAUUAUUGUCAUAAUAAAGAUAAAUUAAUAAAUGAGUUUAAUACUCAAUACAACUUAACUCAACCAUCAGUUUUUUUAGUUGAAAUGGCAUGCUCUAUGUGUCAAGGCAUUGUGGGUUUGAACUUUAAGCAAAAAAACAUUAAACUUAACAACAAAGUGAGUAAAACAGUUGUAAUAAAAGAGAAAGUUUUUAAACAUCCUUGUCGUGAAAAACCAUUGUAUGAAAACUGCUAUUUGUUAGCUCCAGAUGGUAAAAUUUUAGCCACUAUCAAUCAAAAUAAAGCUAAAUGGUAUUUGCAAAAAGGUUUAGGUUUUAUUGACUGUGAGGAACCUUUCACUGUACGUCUUUUAUUUCAACCACAUUACGGUACUUCAUCAGAUGAUGGUGAAUACUAUACUACAGUUAAACAAAAUGUGUGCGUAGUCUGUGGUAGGAGUGAAAAUUUAGUUCGUAAAAUGGUUGUACCGCAUGAUUAUCGUAAGCAUUUUCCUGUGGAACUCAAAGGUCACACUUCACAUGAUGUGCUACUAUUAUGCUUACAUUGUCAUAGAACUGCGCAGCAUGCUGAUGAUGCCCUUCGCCAAGAACUUGCGGCCAAACAUCUUGCACCUCUCGGUACAAAAGAAAGAAUGAUUCUUAUAGACAAUCCUGUUUUACUUAAAAUUCGCUCGGCAGCCAAAGCUCUCUUUAAUCAAAAAUCAAAAAUUCCAUACCUCAGAAAGAUUGAGCUAGAAACUAUCAUUAAAGAUUAUUAUGGUGUUGACACAAUAAGCGAAGAUUUGCUGCGUGAUGCUUUGAACAUGAAUGUCAAAAUAACUAACGAAGCUUUUCAGUACCUUCAUGGAGAAAAGGUUGUAAAAGAUAUUAUUCGGGAGGACCGUUUGUUCAAUUUUAUUCGCAUGUGGCGUCAGCAUUUUCUUGACGUGAUGCAACCAAAGUUCAUGCCUGAGCUAUGGUCUGUUGAUCAUAACAUACAAAAAUAUGAUAAUCUUAAAAUAGCAGUUUAGAACAUGGUUGUAACCUGUAGACAAAAUUUUUUUCAAGUGUUUUUAUGGACUGGAAUGGAUUCAGAUCUAUAAUUGUCAAAUAUUUUUGUGGUAUUGUUCAAAGUUGCAAAUAACAGCACAACAAAAGUUUUUAAUGCACAUUUUAAAAUGCACAAGUUUAAAAUUUUUAAUGAUUUAAAAGACUAAAAUUUUUUGAAUAUAUUGUGAAAUGAAUGCUGCUGGCAUUGUAAUUAUUUUGCACUGAGGCAAGUUAUGCUAGUUUGCUCAUGUACGCUUGUUUAAAGUUAAUUAAUCCUCUUUUAGUUCUUUAAAAGGAAAAUAAAGCGUUCCUUUUAAACCAGCAUAAACCUUCAAAUAUCUGAAGAACUGUUAUAAAUCAUAAAUUUUUAUAAAAAAAGAAUUAAAGCAAUAACAAGUGACACGAUCAUUUCUAAGAUCAACGAGCUGAUAGAGACAAACCUCUAAUCGUUGGGUAAGUUUAUCAGUAGCAACUAUUAAUACUUCAGAAAAAGCUACGCUCUUCAUCAAUAGUUUUGCCUCAAUUUAGUCUUAAACUCAUGAUGUGAUGUAGUUGUUUUAAGUUUAUUAGAUAAUAUUUUGUUCUA